GUCACGUGACCCCCGCCGUCGCCCACAGAGGGGGCGGAAAGAAGCGCCCAAGGCCUGAUCCGAGGAGAGGACCUCACGCCGGGGUGCCCUGGGCAGCCUCGACCGCCAAGCCUCGUCAGCGGCGGCCCCACGUCCGUCCCCCCCCCCCGGUGCCAGACUCGGCGAAUGGCAGCUGGGGUGAGGCGCCUGCUCUCCCCGGCAUGGAUCACUUGGGCCGCAGCUUCGCUUUGCGCGACGUUUUCUUGCGCCCUGGGAGAAGAAGAGUGCCUGACGGACUCCCGGAUCCAGUGCUACGACUGCAACUCGGAGCAGGAGCCCCGCUGUCUGGACCCUUUCAACCACAGCGUAGAGAACCGGCCCGUCCUACGCGAGUGCCAAGGCUGCUGCGUCAAGAUCGUCAAGAGGCACGGCAAGCACGACACGGAAGUGCGGCGGACGUGCACGGAGCGGCUGCAGAUCAACAUGUUUCUCGUGGACCACGUGUGCAUGUACGAAUCCGGCGGUGGCGGCCACAUGUGUUUCUGCGAGAGUGACGCUUGCAACGCCGCCCCCCGCGGACCCAGUGCCUCCAGGCCCGCCGUCCGGAUUGUCCUGCUACUCACAACGACCGCCCUGCUCGUGCUCCUCGCGCCGCCGACGUGCUGGGGGGCCCGACCCCGGCCGCCCCCGCGGUGGACGGCGGCAAGACCCGUCCCCAGACUACUCAGGACCUCCUAGCCACCCGCCUGCAGCAUCGACCAAGUGCGCGAUGUUCGCAGCGGCACGAGCACGCACCGUCCACCGCCGGGGGCGCCAGCGGCCCUCUGCAAGCCACCCGUGUGCGACGACGCCGUGUGUGUCGCGAUGGCCCUGCCCCUCCCUAAACGGUUAGCAUCGCCGCGCGCGCGCGCGUUUGAGGUGAGGAGGAAGCGACAGCGACGGUUCGCUUCCAUGCUGGUCUAACGUCUACGAUACCAACGCAGAGACGGAAAUCUGGAAAUUUUUUCAUUCGGUCAAUGGGUUUCUCUGGACGCCACGCGCGCGCGGGUCUUGUAGUACGAACAAAAUCAAGAAACGCGCUUAGAGCGAGGCGAGCCUUUUCAAAUGACCCGGCAUCAUCGCACCCUUUUUCGACGGGCGUCGUCUCCCUCGAGUUUAAAAAAUCCCGCCAUGAUUGUCGUGGCAAUCGAGGCUGCUCUCGUCACGUGUAGGGGAUCCAGGGUUCCCCACCGCUACACGCCAAGGUUGUUAAUGAAUGAACUCUAGCGAACACACACCCUACCGCUGCGUCGCUCUGGUGAUACUCAUCACUGACACCUAUAUGGUCCCCGUUCACCGUGAAAGCAAGGUCUUGUAAUUUGAGAAACAGGAGGAGGGAUCGGUCGCAGGCCUGGCAACGUUGUGGCGCUUGUCGCGAGUGCUGCCGCAGAGGGGCGCUGCCUUGUCCGCUGUCCCCUCCAUCGCUAAUGACGUGCCUCAAAUCCGUGUCCGGUUUUCAGCUGUUCUCCGCGGAGCCUGUCCCGGAGUGGAGUUGAUAUCGUAGAGAUCCGAGUAUUUCUGUGCUCAAGUUCAAGCUUGGUUGUAGAAUCCACUGGUUGCUUUGGUUUCGUGUGCACGCUCGUUUGCGGGAGCAGGAAGGGCAGGUUCACAUAAUCCGCACGUCUUUUUUCCUUUCCUUUUUUCGUUUCUAAUCAAAACAGUUCGGUAAAUUUAUACCAUUGUGACACACGAUCAUUUUAAAUGCCAAUUGGAUAACUUGCUAAAUCAGCACGCGUCUCAUGAAGCCCCAAAAACCAACAGCCAGGAGCCCUUAAAGAAAAAUCAAGGACUUUAACACCUAAAAAAAAAAAGACACACAAGAAAAAAGACCGUCAGGUUUUAGAUGGUUGAUUCCUAUAAUGUCCGAACAGACAUAUCACAGCCAUCAUUGUUAAUCGACUUCACUUUCAGAAGAAGGCUGGGAAAAGCACGCCAACAAAUCCAGAUAAAAAAAAAAAAAAAAAAAAAAAAAAGUACACUAAGUUUUUUUAGUUUUUUUUUUUUACUUUUUGACGUUUACUCCUCAAUUAAACGAGAGUGUGCCUCCCUGCCGCUGCUCCCGAGAGCGUGUGUUAGUCGUUUGCUCGGUGUUGAAAAUGGUAGACAUGUGCUCGCGUUGUGUAUGUUUCAGUAGCAAGCGCUGGGGGAUGCAGGCGCGUCAUAGCCUAUGGUAGGAAAGAGAGUACCACGCGGGUGCUUGUAGCCGAGUGCAUAUCCCGGAGUUGGCAAUACUAGGCUCGUUCGAUUGACCUGCACCGGCCUAUACCUGUCCUGCACGUCAUCGUACCGUCUUGGCGGUCAUUCCUACUCGUUGGCUACCACAACGGCCGCCGACGUGACGGUUGUGGAAGUCAUAUAUAUAUAUAUAUAUUGGCGGCGAGAUGUUUCGGAGGCUCCCCCUUAUGGUUCUAUUUGUGACGUCACGGCCAGAAUUAUCGAUUAUCAGUGACAAUAUCGAUGGCGUGUGUAAAGGGUACGGUGGCCUCUUGGAGUCAACGCGUCGUUAAACCUACAGCGUCAAAGUUUUCGCUCUGACAUUCCUCUUAUUUCCAUCGAGUAAAAUUAAUCAUACUCAAGGUGAUCGUUUGGUCAAUCAAAAAUGACGAACCACAGCGACGUUUUUGUUUUGUCUUUUUGUCGCGCACGUCGCGCACGUCACCAAUAUUGGUGCAGAAAAGUGCAGGGCUGUGCUCUUGUCCAUCGAACCGGGGAAAUGUGUAGAAAGGUGCGGGAGGUGUAAGCGGAUCGAACGAGCCAACCGAGUUUCUUAUGCAAAAACAAGAUGACGGACGUAAAAUGGCGCGUCACUCUGAACCCCCGACGUCCUUUGUAGCUAAAGGGGAAUUCACACUUCGGAAAGUAACACACAAGUUACCUUAAAAGCCCAAAUGAUUUCUUUUUUUUAGGGGGUCUGUAGACAGCAUUUUCAAAUCUGCUACCAGAUCGAAAUGAAAUUAGGGGGUUUCGAGGUAAUCCACUUUCCGCUGUGUUCUGGCAGACUAUUUUGAAGCGCGCUGACUUCGCUGCUUUAGCGAUGUGGUUGUAAGACGUAGUCCUCACCAAUAAAAGUGAGGCAAACUUAAGCAAAGGUUGUGCAGGCGCGUGGUUAGAAUGUGGUCCUUACUUCGUUCGCCGUCACUAUCAACACAAAGAGAGUCCUUCUUCCAUGAUGAUUUUUUUUUUCUCUUGCGUGUUUACAUAACAUUUCUGGAAAUAUGCUUCACCGUGUAAUUGUUGCGUAAUUACUGCCCACGAGACCGCUUGCGGCGAGUUCAAUGAUGACUUUCUCAAAACAUAAAAAAAAGUAAAAUGGCUUUAUAAUUUCGGGGUGAUUGGCACGAAAAAAAAAAAAAAAAAAAAAAGAUUGCCAAAACGAGCAAUUGAUUAUGUUGACCGCAGAAAGUUUAAACUCUGUUUCCCAGAUGCAUAAUAUAGAAUACAACGCUGUGAAUGGUGUAGCGUUGUGGCAGGCAUGAGCACGAACGAGUGCGUUGCUUUAGAAAGUGACGUUCUUGCGCGAUUUCUCGUGCAAGGAGAUCACUUGAUAACGCUGCGCAAAACUUGGGACGAGGUGUAGAGCUCUUUAGCAUCUUCCCUUCAAAAGCUUCAAUAACGACGCUAAUAAAUAAUAUUAUCAUGUAUUACUUUUUUUUUUUUAUGAAUAACCCGCAAGUAUGUAGUUUUGGUAAACAUACACUUUCGCGCCAGCAACUUUCACGGCGUUGUGUCUAUACGCGCGAAACGAAAGGUUGACUACUCCUGCGAGAUCGGCCGUCCCUCUACGUCAUCAAAUUUUGUCGCUGCUUCACGAAGGCAACGAAUGUUGUGAAGCAGCUGCCCGGCCGAACACGAAUCAGUAAACGCAAAUUCAAACUAAAUAAAAACACAAAAAACACGUGCUUGAAAUUGUCAACAGCGCGAUUGGUGUAAGCUACGCUCCACGCGGCGAAUGCGUAGUCGCGGAAAUUAUCUAGUUUUUAUGAGGCAGUGAAAGCUGCAACGCCAAGACACACGACGUUACUCGUAGAAACGAAACAAAAUAAUAAAACGUAAGUUUAACUUACAAUCACAACAACAGCCUAACACAUAUAUAAAACCAACGCAGUACUAUAGACUCAACGGUCCUUGAAUAAUCCUACUGGCCUGUAAACUUCGGUGGUUUCUGCCCUAGUUCAUUCUGUCACCAUAAGCGGCGCUAAUCUAUUUUAGAGUAUACAAAACAACAAAAGGUUAAGCAAUGCUUGAAAAAAUUAUGCUCUUUGUGAAUGCACAUGUAGCAUUUUUUUCGUGGCUUUUGAAUUAUUCCGACAUAAAAUGACCAUUAGGUCUCACUAUAGAUAGCGGUCCCAAUCGUCCAUCCUCUUGGCUGGUUCGUGGCGUUUUUAUGAAAGAGUAGACGCAUUCAGCGACUUUCUGCACGGAGGCUCUUCCGAACCCACGUCCAUCCGUUAGGUUUUCCGGACGAGCGAUCCGAUUGGUUUACUCCUAACGCCGGCAGCCUGCCCCCGGAGUCCCUAAGAAGAAAAAAAAAAAACGUUUUCACAGCGCGACACCAAGGAUCGUGCUAGGACUGCUACGCUCGUAGUACAGGUUCAUUCAUUACUCCUCAUGUAGCUUACAAAAAACGAAACAAAGGUUGUGGCGGUUUGACACCGAAAUAAGAACACUUCCCCCGUCGCACUGUGUCGGCAGCGAGGCCGUCGGAAAAACGUCGACCCUCCGAAGGACCCGGAGUAGAGGCGUUUCUUCAGUGCGAGGGCACUGAGGCUACGAGCCUUGAAGGGGCGGGUGGAACCGAGGGCCAUGCACAGCACCGUACCCCCCCGCCAUCCUAGGCUAUAGAGCGAAGGAAAAACGCACGCGCUUCCUCGUCAGAAACAGAGGGAGGAAGCGGCGCGGGGAAUACCUUCUUGUUAUGCAGUUGCCUGUCGCGGGGACGGCCCUUCCAAGUGUACAUACUUUAGGGUGCUAUGGCCAUGCCUUAUAGUCAAUCAAGUAGCACGUAGGUUCCAUCGUUUCGUGUAUAAAGAAAAGACCGAGUAGAUAAGAGAACGCACUUGUACAUACAUCUUUGGUUCGUUCGUAUAUGUUUUCUAUACAAAUAUCCAUAGUCAUUUCAUUCAUGAUCCUAGCGCGGUUGUGCAUGUCUCGAGUUUUCUUUCGUUUUCUCUCCCUAUCUCUCUCUCUCUCUCUCUCUCUUGUUCUUUCCUUUCAACGAUCUACUCUCAAAAAAGGCCUGGGAGUUUGCUUUCCUGCAGAACACAAAGGCAGCUAAUCAUGGCGAACAAUAGAAAGAUUUCAGCGAAUUAUGAAGCUCAGAAUACGAUUAGACAAACAAAACAAAUGCGAUGUGCUGAGGGACCAAUGCGGUAGAGGGGCUUCGAGCGAUAAACUGGCAGCUGGAAGUGAUCCCCCACGGGGUCGCCACCAUGCUUGUUGCACGUUUUUGAACACUGGACUUGUGACCUUAUAGUUUUACGUCUAGAUUUUAACAAAGUACCGUGCACAGAUAAUUGCUUUUUGAUCUUUAAUGACAGUACCGACGAGAUAAGUUAUGUUUCGAUCGUUUUAUGUCCAAAAUGCGCUUUUACGACAAUAUCUCGGACAGCUUCGCAAUGGCUUCGCUAGAUGCCGACAGCCGCGGUGCUGUAUUUUGGAUUUUUAUCGGAGCUAGACACUGAUCUCUGGGGCUAACAUUAUUAAAAAUUAGUUUAUCAUUGUUUUCUUAGAGCGAUCACAAUACAAAUCUCGGCUAAGUUUUGCGUAACAGCCUCAGAAUCUGUUACGGUCACGGGUCUAGUCGUCAAUAUUGUACAACAUGGCGGCAGCCAGGGCAGAGGGGGAAGGGGGAGGGGUUCACUUUUGCCUAGAGAAUGGGAUACGAGUGGGAUACCCCUCUACCUCGUUCGCAGGGACAAUGUGGCUAUAAUGCAAUUAAAUGCAAAGGUGUGAGCGAGCUGGACAAGAAUGACGAAAUUAAUCCCGGGAGAAGGGGACAAAAGGGACAAAGGACAAACACGAAUCUCCAAACAUAGCCAGUGAGACGUCAUGCUCGUUGUCCCGCCCCACGUCAUAUUUCUGGGUCUAUAAUCGUGCCCUGAGCCUCGGCAUUCCCCGAGAGCCUUCUAUUGUCCACCAUAAUGCGUUGUCUAGUGUUCUGCAGGGAAAUCAACUCGCAAACCUUUUUCUUUGUUUUAGGGUGUAUCCUCUCGUAGAAUGCGUCAUUAUAUUUCCAUAGUACAAAGUCUGCUCAAGUACACGCGCGUUACGGCUGUGUGUACAUGUGUGCGUGUGCGAGGUGUGCACGCGGACCGAAGUAAUAUCCGCGAUCGCUCCGCUGACAGAUCUCGGUUUCCUCGAUCGUCACCCAGUUCGUUGGAAGUUUAUCGCAAGCAAUACGGCCUACCAUAUGCUCGUCCCACACCGCUCCGUGUGCGUGCGUGCGCGCGGUGUUAAGUAAAACAGCAACAAGAACCAUAUCUAGAAACAGCCGACUAUAUCACUCGCUCUCUGCGUGUAGCGUUCGCGUGUCGAGUCUGGAGAAGGCGAGCACCACUCGGACCAGCAAUUCUGCACCGUAUAUAUAUAUAUAUAUAUAUAUAUAUAUAUAUAUAUAUAUAUAAAUAAAAUAAGAGACUAUGUCGUCGUUGAAACUGUAUCGAGAGGGGAGGACGUCGCUUUAGAUAUGAAGCCACUGAAGUGAAUAUCUUGAGUUCUCAUUGAACAGCGGAAAUCUGUAGCUGACACUUGUAAUGCGGACUCCCAAAUUUGCCGUUUAGGGAGGCUUAGGGCGCGCACAACGUGAGCGCAACCGUGCCCUUUUCGACAGUCUCACGGCGCGCCACUGGGCUAUAAGUACAUUUCCGAGGCUCAGAAUGAAUAUAUGAAACGGUCCUUAGAUUACUUCGCUUUCUUAUUUCUGGUCGCUACUGUAGAGAUUCGAGAGUAUCGUCGUAUACCACAAAUACUGGCUCGAAAAUACACACAAAAAAAUAACGCUGCUUCGCGAUUUUUUAUUUACCAUCUACUAAAAAGAUUAAAAAAAAUAAACAUAAUGUAAAGCAAACACUGAGGAAAGUAAGCUCCAUUCUUUCGUGAGCUCGCUCCCGCUGUGUUCGUCGAAAAGUAUAAAUUCGACCCGGAAAUGCACGCCGAAAACGCUUACGCCAACAAAGACGCAUAAUACCGCUCGCUGUCUGUAACGGACAGAAUAUUAGUAACCUGCGGUUAGCUUACGUCAGACUUGACUAUAUCGGCGAACAUCUAAACGCGACGUUAAUGAGUUUAAGUUCAUUAAAACUCGCAGUAACCUUCAGCGAGUUCGGAGUCAUCAACGAAGCUGGAACUAAACUCUGUUUUACCGCGAGUGCGGUUGAAACCGCAGUUACAAGCGCAACCAUCUUGACCCUUGAGUUUCGUUCACACUUGCAGCGCAACGGAGCGGACCACUUCAGAAGAGUCCCGCAAGGCAUUUUGCAUUUCGCUCUCCAGCACAUUUCUCAGGACGAACUCUUCCAACCCUGCUUCAAACCAGAGUGAAACAUUUUAUCACCAAUUCUCUGGAUACUUAUACUACUAGAUACAAGUGAAUGAGUAAACGCAAAAUCCCUCGAAGAUUUUUGUAUAUACUCCAGUAAGUCGACGGGUCACGUCUAACACGUUGAAUAGCGCAGCGGAAUAACUUUUCCAAAUCUCCAACUUUCCAUUCUUUGCGCACGUCCUGGCAUCGCUCGCAUAAACUUCACGAUGGCUGGGGCUGCCCAAAUUCACUGUAUAUAUAGAGAGAGAAAGAGUAUAGCAUUACCUGGAUGGACUCCGUUUCAGCGUAAACUGUGAGCAAAGUCGAAGCUACCAGCGUGAGCACCGUUGUUAGCUCGCGCUGUACAUAGGUGCAAGCUAUUGGUUUGCUUUUCAGCGUAAAGCUUAACUCGUCCGAAAACUUUUAGGAACCAGUCGGUUGACAAAAACAAAAACGCUACCAGAAAAAAAAAAAAAAGACGCUUAUCCAGACGUUUGUAAUCGACUGUCUUUCGAUUGUCCGAAUCAGGAAAUACCUCUACUAUAUUCAAGACCGGCGUGACAGGCUUGCGCACAACGGCGACCUUCAACGGGAUGCCUGUCCCUUUUGUAUUCUACUCACUAGAUCUCUCUACUUUAGUCCGCACCGGCCACUGGCCGUAGCGUUCUCCGGGUAAUUCCGUCAUGCCCGCGUGCUUUUUCCUCGAUUGAGCCCUACGAUGUACCUCAUCUAAAACGCUCGAUUGCUGCGUCUUGAAAGUGCUUACGAUGCAUGCUUAAUACAAUACAUUAAAACGCGAACAAAGCGUACAAGUAGAUAAUAGACGACAUCUAAAAUAGUGUGUUAUCCUGCAAAAGGAAAAAAAAAAGUGGAUUCAAAUUUUGAUGCUGAAAUACGUGAGCCGUGUGUGUACAGUUAAGCCGGCCCAGAAUGACUCACUGUUCUUCUAGUGCGUUCUUGCGUGUUUUAUUUGUUUUUAGCUUUAGCUCAUGCCUUUCCUUUCUAGCGUGGUUUUGAAAUUAGUUGUUUAAUAGUUUAACUAUUUUACCUCUUAAGGUUUGCCCGUUGAUUUGGGGUCAUGCACUACAAAAGCAAACUACCACAAACUUAGACCAUUCUUUUUUUUGCUCCAAACUGGUUUUGAACAUGGUGCGUUGAACACAGAAUUUGAAAAGCAACAGUUGGCUGUAGUCCAUCCCAGAAAUUGCGCGCAGCACUAGCAAAGGCAAGGGAGGAGUGCUAAUAAUUCUGCACAUUGACUAUUUCAUUCAUGGCGCACUCCCUCCGAUGGCUGCCGCAGUGUUGAAUACAACUUUUAAGCUGGAGUAUAUGCCUACUGCGUUCACACCGGACAUUUUAAUUCGGAAAAAGAUGUCAAACUUGUUCAAAGAUCGAAGCACGACGUGGAACACAGCAAUAAACUAUAGACCCUUGGCCAAGAUCUCACAACUAUAUAUAGGUCUCAUAAAAUGAGAAGAAAGCUCCGUUCCAUUGACAGGAUUCUGUGUGAUUAUUAUUUGUUUCCCUAUGUAGUUGUUUUAGAAACGCAACAUAUGUGAUACUUGCAACGCGGUCCAGCAUUAGUCGCAUGGCACCGCUUUGCGAGGGGGAAAGAAGUGGGGGAGAGGGGGCAAGCUCGGUUCGCUAAGCCCACAUUGCCAUUCGCGACUCCGGUUAUAGUACUUACAGUGAACGCGCUCGUUUUUUAUCACCAUCCUCUCCCACCGCUAUAGGACACUAUUUCAACACGGUAUGCAAUUAUGUUGACUCUUUUCUCCACCCCGGCCCUCUUCGUCAAAUGGUGUCAUUCCCCAUUUCCGGACAUGUACCAGAGACUAUGUUGACAAGCCAGAACUCUCUCUCUUUCUCUCCAUAGAAUCAUCAUAUAGAAACGCUCUCUAAAGCAUUUGGGCGUAUCUUAUGCGCCUAUAAAACAAGAAAAUAGAUGUAGGUGCUCUCUAAUACUGAUGCUAAUGUCUAAAAAAAAGACUAUAUAUAUAGUCCUAGAUGCAUGCUAUCUCUCGGCUCGAAAGACACCUGCUGCGCGCGAGAGAGCGUUCGCUCGCGGACGUAUACGUCCGUAGAGGAAGCGCGCGCUGGUCAAGAAACUUCUAUAGAAUUCUAACUUUGUGAAUGUAGGCUGCAUGCAGUUCGCCGAGGCCGUCGCCGCGGCCUUGCGUGAAAGUUGUGCUCUUUUAUAUCGACACGGUGUGCGAUUUGUUUGGGUGCCGCUGGUAUAAUUAUGUACUCCCGACGGCUUUCAUAUCGCGAUUCUUCGCAAUAUUUUGCAAAGCAAGUGUCAACGAGUAGUCUCUAAACGUGUACAUAGUUUAUCUCAACACGAUUUUCUAAUUUUCAACAGAGUUUCCCCGCUCGCGUGUUCAUUCCUUCCUUAGGCCCAGCAAAAGAUGGUUCGUCGAAACUAUUUUUUUUUCUUUUUGCCACGGCGAAAGGAGUGAGUCCUAGAGAUGCAACUCGUUGUGUUGUUGAAAACCUGCCUAUGAUUUCAGAGCUAUCUUUUUUACAUUACGCCCUCGGUCCCGCGUAGUGCGAAUGAGCCCGCAGUUUAUCGUAUGAGUCAUUCAUAAUCAGCGUCUUUUUCAUACAUUCUCUCGUUCACCGAGCAAUUGUUACUAGCUCUGUCUUACGACUUGUUAAGCCUUUUUGAAAUAAAAGAAAAACAUAAUUUUCAGCUGGAA